UACUAACGAGUUAGAUAACAAUCUGGUUGUAUUAAUUUAAUUUGCACUUUCCGGAACCUUUUUGAAAAGAUCAGAGUUAAGACAGUGUAGUAGCUGCGUUCGGAUCUGAAAAGCAGGGGAACACAUCAGAUGAAGGAAUCUAGCUGAGAUGUCAAAUAUGGCAACUAGCUUCGCUUUGUUUACAGUUCGUGUGUGGUGAAAAAUAUCAGCAGAAAUAUUGUGUUAUAGCAUUUUGUGUUUAGGUUGGGAAAGGAUCUUGUAGCAAUUAUGGAUGUGACUAAAUCAAAUUUUCGCGAAGCAUGCAAAGAUUUUGAGAUAGCCCUUGAAAAAAGUGAUUUUGUCACAAUUGACUGUGAAUUUACUGGGGUAUCAGCGGAACACAGUAAAAUCCUGCCGUACGAUAGUCCAGAUCAUGCAUAUCGAAAAUAUGUGGAAAAUUCCGCGGGCUACAUUAUCAUUCAACUUGGUGUUACAUUAAUUCAAGCUCCAGCAAUCAACUCUUCCGAUGAUGCUUACAUUUAUCAUUCGUACAAUUUUUACGUAUGCCCAAAAUCAUGGAGAACGAACUUCCUGUGCCAAGCAUCAAGCAUAGCAUUUUUGGCAGAAAAUGGUUUUGAUUUCACCAAAUUAUUUUGCGAAGGCGUUCCUUAUUGUAAUGAACAAGAAGAGAAAAUUCUUCGAGAACGUCUGCAGGAAAAGCAAAAGUCACGACAAGAAGCAAGAAAUAUUACAGAAGUGGCAAACACUUCGUUUAAUCAUAUUCCUGUACCGGACGAGGAAAAGGAAGCUAUUGCGAGAAUACAACAAGAAAUUGAGAAUUUUAUCAACUCACAAGAGGACGAGAAAGUUAUUGGUGGCUGUAAUGCAUUUCAACGGAAGCUCAUAUACGAGUUGAUAGAAGCUAAUUUUGGUGAUAAAGUAGGGGCUACAACAAAAAGCGUGGAUAACAACAAAGUCAUUGUUGUUCAUCAUCGCAAGAGUGAGGAAGAGGAGGAGCGCAUAGAGAAGGAGUUGCAAGAAAGUGAAAUGCGAGAUUUGGAAGAUAGCAUAGGGAUUUCAACAAUAUUACAGAAGAUUUCCAUUUCGCGGAAGCCGAUUAUCGGGCACAAUCUUUUCUUAGAUUUAAUUUAUAUUCUUCGACAAUUUUUUAAACCACUUCCUGACAAUUUAGCAGAAUUUAAGAAGUUUGCAAUUAGCAUUUUUCCAAAUAUUAUAGAUACUAAGUGUAUGUGCAAUUUACCAAAGGUUAAACCUUUGAUUAAGUCGAGUAUAUUAGGCGAUAUUAUCAAUACAAUUCGUGAAGAGCCAUUCUCACUGCCAAAACUGAAGUCAGGCAAUUCAAACUUCAGUUAUUCCCUGCAAGAUAACAAGGCUCACGAGGCUGGUUAUGAUUCAUAUUUAACAGCCGUCGCAUUCUUAACCAUAGCCAAGUUUUUACAUGAAUCCAUCAACACACUCUUGAAUGAUCUCACCGAAGCUAAGGAUUAUCUUAAUAGACUGUUUCUUGUCAAACUACCGGACAUUGGCUACCUAAACCUUGUCGGAGUUGAACCUGUACCAUCUCGUGAUCAUGUUUUCCAUGUCACUAUUCCAGAAGAGUGGAACAAGUCAGAUCUUAUAAAUCAUUUCCGAAACUACGGACCGAUUUUCAUUACAUGGAUAAACGCAACCAGUGCUCUUAUAUCGCUGCACAAAAAGGAGAAUUCAAGCUCCGUACUGAAGACAAUUAGCCCAUACACGGGCUUCAAAGUGCAGUCAUUUAAUGACUAUAAAGAGACUUUGCAAUAUCGCAUUAAUGGAAAUGAUACGAGCACAUCUUCCCAGGCAAAGAAGCGGAAGUUAAGCGGCGAUCAAGAGGAAGGAUCCACCGAAAAGAAAAUGAAAACAUCAACACAUGAAACUGAGCCCAAGGGAAAGCACGCCAAGCGGACAUCUGCGAAAAAGGAUCUAAGCAGACACAAAACGAAAGUUUUCGCCGAAAGUGACGAUUGGUAGUAAGGAUUGAAUGUGACAAAUACAUUAGAUUAAAACAACCAACUAAAGUAUCAAAAUAUACUUUCAUUACAAAUAAAAAGUAAUAAUUGAACAUA